GGUGCCGAGGACCUCUUGCUGGCCUUCAUGGCUUAUGACAGGUAUGUGGCCAUUUGUCAUCCUCUGAACUACAUGGUCCUCAUGAGACCAAGGGUCUGCUGGCUCAUGGUGGCCACUUCCUGGAUCCUGGCAUCUCUGAGUGCUCUGUGUCAUACUUUGUAUACCAUGCACUUCACUUUCUGCAAGUCCCGAGAAAUCAGACACCUGCUUUGUGAGAUUCCCCCUCUGCUGAAGCUGGCCUGUGCUGAUACUUCCAGAUACGAGUUCAUGGUGUAUGUGACAGGUGUGGUUUUCCUCUUGCCCCCCCUCUUUGUCAUCAUUUCUUCUUAUAUGUUAAUUUUAUUCACUGUGCUUCACAUGUCCUCAAAUGAAGGGAGGCAAAAAGCCCUCGUCACAUGUUCUUCCCAUCUGAUAGUGGUUGGGAUGUUCUAUGGGGCUGCCACAUUCAUGUAUGUUCUGCCCAAUUCCCUUCACAGCCCAAAGCAGGAUAAUAUUAUCUCUGUUUUCUAUACAAUUGUCACUCCAGCCCUGAACCCUCUCAUCUACAGCCUGAGGAAUAAAGAAGUCAUGGGUGCCCUUAGGAGGGUUCUAAGAAAAUAUAUGUAG